GGCUGGCCUGACUGACUGACAACAACAGUCCAAACUGACUAAACCAAAACUUACACUGAGGAGUUCCAUUGAGCUGCACUGGAAAGGAGAAGAAGUAAAACAGACUAUCUAGAAAGUGGAUAAAUCGACCUGUGGGGAUCUGUUUUGGUUUCGGGGGGUCGCCAUGAAAAGCCUAGAACUGUUCCUGCUGGCAUGUUGCUUAUGCAGCCUGAGCACAUUGGGAGGUGCAUCUGAUGCGGAGAACGUUCUGAUGAAGAAACUCUUUGCCAACUACAACCUUAAAGUGCGGCCAGCAGCCAGUCCUGAAGAGAAGGUGGUGGUUCGAGUGGGUAUGGUCCUCACCUCCUUCGUUGGACUGAAUAUGAAAAAUGAAGAAAUGAGCACAGUUGUUGUCAUGAAUCUGGAAUGGACCGAUCAUCGGUUGUCAUGGAAACCCAAGGAGAAUGAUGGGAUAGAGGUGUUGCGGAUCCCCUGGGAGGUUUGGCUGCCUGACAUUGUCCUCAUCAAUAAUAAUGAUGGGGUGUUUGAUGUGGCCCUGCACGUCCAUGUUCAGGCUUACAGUAAUGGCAAAGUAACCUGGACUCCCCCUGCACUCUACUGCAGCUCUUGUGGAGUUAAGGUGACAUAUUUCCCAUUUGACUGGCAGAACUGCACCAUGCAGUUCCGCUCCUACACAUAUGACUCGACAGAGAUCGACAUCCAGCAUACACUGGACUCGAAAGGCAAAGAGAUCAGGGAGAUCCAACUGGACGAAUCAUACAGUGAGGGGGGCGAGUGGCAGAUCAGACACAAGCCGAGCAGGAAGAACGUGAAUGAUGAUCUGUAUGAGGACAUGACCUUCUACCUGAUCAUCGAGAGGAAGCCUCUGUACUACGUCUUGAACAUCAUCAUCCCCUGCAUCCUCAUCACCAUCAUCGCCAUCUUUAACUUCUACCUGCCUCCUGAUGCAGGCGAGAAGAUGGGGCUGUCCAUCAACGUGUUGCUCACCCUCACUGUGUUCCUGCUGCUGCUGGCUGAUAAGAUCCCGGAGACUUCACUGGGUGUCCCCAUCAUUGUCAACUACAUCAUGUUCACCAUGAUCCUGGUCACGUUUUCUGUCAUUCUCAGUGUGGUCGUCCUCAACCUGCACCACCGCUCACCCAACACCCACCUGAUGCCCAUGUGGGUGCGCAAGAUAUUCAUCCACAUGCUGCCUCCUUACCUGGGCAUGCUGCGGCCAAAAGUAGAGACCCCCCUGUCCCUGGAGACCAUGCCCCGCCGAGAGAAAAAAAUGAUGGCCAUCAGCAAAGUGGCUGAUGAAUACUUCAUCCGCAAGCCCGACUCCUCCAUCUUGUUCCCCAAGCUCAACAGGUUUCAGCCAGAGGGCAUGUGUACAGAUCUGAGAAAGUUUAUUGACGGCCCCAGUAGCUACCUCACACUACCUGACGAGCUCAAGUCAGCCAUAGAUGCCAUCACUUAUAUCGCCGAGGCUUUGCAAGCUGAGAAGGACUACGAAGCGCUGAAAGAGGACUGGCAGUACGUGGCCAUGGUGGUGGACCGCAUGUUCCUCUGGAUCUUCGUCGUCUUCACCACCGUGGGCACCUUAGCCAUCUUCGCCGAUGCCAGCUUUAACCACACACCCACUGACCCCUUCAAAUCCCCCUGAAGCAGUGGGGCAUUAGGUUUUCCUGAGCUCCUCUGCAAAUAGGGAUGAAGAAAUCACUCACUGUUAAACGGCUAAAUGAUUCUAUCGUAUUGGUGUAGUUCACCUUCGGCCCAAUGUGCCAACAAUUAAGAAACUCUAAGAAACUUAUCCACUGCACCUCACGUGUUUUACACUGUUGUCUUGUGGAAAGCUCUGCCAAUUUACUUUACUUUUUCUGGCUGGCAAACCCCAAAUGACCUUAAGAUGUUGCUCUUAUUCAUUUGCCUUUAGUGUAGACAGUAUCAGAUGUUCAAAUACAUCUUGACAAUAUUCCAUUAUCGUGUCAGACUAUAAUUUCUAAUACAAGACUUUGAUUUUUGGCCAUGUGGAAGGAAAAGACAGGGAUUUUAAACCCUUGAGUCUCAGACUGAGACCCAACAAAGCAUAGGUUCUUUGCAACCAAUUCUUGACCCUUGGCUGUCACCACUGCUUCAAGAGCAAAGCUGACAAAAUGUGAUGAACCAGGCACAUUUUUGGACAUUAAGCAUGAUCAAGAGGACGUGUAUCUUUCUUCUACCUUACUACUCCUAGAGAUUGACAUGCUUAUUUGUAUGCUGUCAAGAAUUCCUGCAAGGUUUUGUCUGUAUUUAUCCGCUGUUUGCAAGUAAAAUGCAAAUGAAUGAACAUCUUGAGGUUUCUCAGCCGAAUGAGCAACAUUACUCAAGAACUACUCAGCCUCAAAUUUAUUACCUUAAUCACAUGAAAAUGACAUGCUUGACAUAGAUUUUAACAGGGCAGAACUGCAUCAUGUGUUUAAGGAGAUAAGGAGAGUUAAUUGCAUGGAAUAUACCAACCAAGGCAAUGUCAGCAUACCUGAAAUAUGUAUAAAUACUUAAAUCUAAGCUAUUGGUGUGUUUUCUAGUGUAUCAGCUACAGCAGAUCUCUAGGUCUGAAGAGUGUGGAUCCAACGAUGGAUAUUCAUAUAUUGUGUUCACACAUAAACAUUAAGACAAACCAGAUGUCAUAAUGAGCAAACCGUAUGCCAUUCAUUUCCCUGUGUCCAAAAAUGCUGGAGUGUGGCACAUGCCUCGUGUAUAUUUAUGCAACCAUGGUAAUCCUCUUUGUAUUUUCAGCACUGGUUUUGCAUGGAGGCUAUUCUUGUGUUGGAGUGCGGAGCUGCAUGCCAGCUCAGUUCACCAGCUGCGGAAUUCCCAUUAUAUGUGAGACCUGUGCCUCUUUAAAGUCUCGCUUUCUCACAGCCAAACACGCACACACACCACACAUCCUUUUUGAUUCUCUCACAUGACACAAACACACACCUGCUCUUUCAAUCCUGUGCUUUCAUUUUGUUCUGUUUUUUGU